UCUCUUUCAGGUUCUGCUCUACUGCUUCUGGCACUUUUUGUGACUUUCCAAAUUCUACCAUCAAUGCGUGCAUUGCCAAUAGAUUGCCAAAAGAACAUUGCAGUUUGCCUGGAAGAAAUAAUGAAGGAACUCACCCAAGUUCGAUUUCAGGUUAACAUCCUCGCAGAGAACAGAACAUCGUUGAGAUGUAAGUAAGAUAUCCUUCGCUUAUUCGUAUUCAUUAUUCCAUCUUCUCUCAAUCGUUACUUAUAUUACUGGAGACUUAUUCUACACAAUGGUGAAUCCAAUUUGUGUUUCAAAGGACCAAUUUUACAACUCUAAAGUACACAGUUUUCUGUUCGGAGCUCUUAUCCUUUACUAUACCCUUUUAAUCAGCAGUGUAGCUGCACAUGGAAAGGAAAAAAAGGAUAAUACUUUCAAUUUUUUUCAGUAACUUUUUCUGAAAGGAGCAGCAAACGGUAGAUUAGAAUAAGAAACAGUAUAUUGUUCGGUUCGGAGCCGAUUCUGGAGGGAGGAACCGAGGAAUGAAGGAGCUUGUUCCAGGAUGUGAGAGAACGCUUUUGUUGGUGUGCGUUUGACAAACGCACAGAAACAAAAACUUUGACCAUAUACUAUUGAUAUAUAUGUUGUUAAAAGUGUGAUUCCUAUUCCCUCUCCUAUACAUGAAUCGCUUUUGUUUUAUCGUAUGGAAAAAUGUUAUUUAGCGUAAAAGGUAUCUAAUAAGCCUGCUUCAUUAUGCCCUUCUCCAGUUUUCUCUAUUUUGUUGUAAUUAUUUAAAUGUUGUGAUUGUUGAAAUGAAGAAAAUAACGAUAAAAAUGUAAUACUGACUUUAAUGACUCAAUCAAGUAGCACUCCUUCCGCUAAUAACCAGUGUACGUCUACAGAUUAAGUUAAUAUACUUUUGUGCUCAUACCAUUUAAUUUAAUACGAUAAAUAAGACAAAAAAAAUCUAUGAAAAAUGUAGGUUCCGUCUUCUUUCCAAGUUAGAAAUUUUAGACAUUUUUCAUCAGGUGCAAAUCGAUACCAACCCCUCGUUGUAGACAUUCCCACAACACCAAGCAUCUUUAUUUUAUCUUCAAUAGCUAAGAAUUGCGCUGAGCUGUACAAAUCUGGUCGAAGGGUCAGCGGUGUCUACACAAUCGACCCAGAUGGUUCAGGCGCCUUUGAUGUAUAUUGUGACCAAACUACAGCUGGUGGGGGAUGGACAGUGGUCCAGAAGAGAAUGGAUGGCUCUGUCGAUUUUAACCGCACCUGGGAUGACUACAAACAUGGCUUUGGUAACUUGGUUGGUGAAUUUUGGCUCGGACUGGACAAGAUAAACCGCCUGACCCGAAACAUGACAAAAAACAAGCUUCGAAUAGAUCUAGGUGUAAAAACUGGCAAAACUGUUCACCCUGAGUAUGGCUGGUUUGGGAUUGGGACCGAGACAGCUAAGUACCGGCUAUACCUUGGUGAUAUCAUAAGUAAGUAAACCGAUUUUUAGCAUUUACCUGUCGAUUUUUAUACACUACUUCUCUCUCAUCUCAAUCUCGAUAUUUUACUCCACUUGGUCGAAUAAUGGUAUUAUUAAAUAACAGGGUAGUCCUGAGGUAGACCCGCACGUUCUGAUUGUUUCUUACUCGGUCGGGAGUUUGGUGCGAGUCCCACAUGAGAAACUUCUUACUAAAGUUAUUUUAUUUAUUUAUAUAUUUUUGCCUUUGUUUUGUUUCUUUUUUUCGCGGAAAACAACAAGUUUGAAGCUAUAAAGACAUUUUACGGACCCUUGAAUUAUACGGAUUUCUUUUGUUCUGUUUUGAAACAGAUGCCAGUGUUUCCUCUGAUUCCCUCAGUCCUCUCAGAGAUCUCGUUUUUGGUACCUGGGAUAAGGUUCCUGCUGAUUGUGCUCAAAAUAGAGGAGGAGGCUGGUGGUAUGACAACAGAAGUGCUGAAUGUGCCGUUUGGUCAAAUCUCAAUGGUAUUUAUCCGCGUUGUGGAAAAGAAACCUUGGCCGCUAUCCACUGGGGAAACUUAGAUUCUACCAGUGCCGAGAGAAGCGCUCCGACACUAACUGAAAUGAAAAUUAGACCAGUAGAAUUUAUGCACGUGGCUUGA